AAAAUAAAAUAAUUAAAAUCUGAGAGUCGGGUUUCAAUAUCAUUUUCAUAGAUCUUUCUUUAUAAAUCAAAAUCCUUCUUCGUUAAGGAAGUCAGUCCCAAACAGGGUACACUUACAAUUUCAUGAUUUUCAUUCUCUGUUUUUCAUAAUCUUUGAUGUACACUCACCCUACCUUUCUCUCUUUUCCCUGUUCAAUUUAGAAAAACAAAUUGAAACUUUAAAUUUCCAAACUCUUAUAAAUAUCGUAAACUCACUGCAAUCCUCGAUUUUUGGCUUCUGGGUUUUGUUUUCCUGUGAUUUAGGGUUUUUUUCUGAUCAAAACCUGCACCAUGUCGAUGCUCGAUUCCUUCUUCAACAAGGGUUUUAAGGCUGCCAAAUGUAAAACUCUGCUAAAACUGACAAUUCCACGGAUAAAGUUGCUAAGAAACAGGAGAGAGAUUCAACUGAAGAAUAUGCGACGCGAUAUUGCCAAACUACUUGAGACUGGCCAAGAAGCCACAGCUCGUAUUAGGAAAGAAAACUGUUCGCCAUUCUUGAUGUGGUCAUCUAUGCAGGUAGAGCAUAUUAUCAGAGAAGAGAACAUGAUGGCUGCUCAAGAGAUCAUUGAACUCUUUUGCGAACUUAUUGCUGUCCGCCUUCCAAUAAUUGAAUCUCAAAGGGAAUGUCCUAUAGACUUGAAAGAAGCCAUUUCUAGUGUAUGUUUUGCUGCACCAAGGUGUGCCGAUCUGCCAGAGUUGUUGCAGGUUCAGCUACUAUUUGCUGGCAAAUAUGGGAAGGAAUUUUUAUCUGCUGCGACUGAGCUUCGCCCAGAUUGUGGUGUUAAUCGCCAGUUAAUAGAGCUGCUGUCAGUUCGUGCCCCUUCCCCAGAAAAGAAACUGAACCUUCUAAAAGAAAUUGCUGUUGAGCAUGAUUUAGAUUGGGAUCCAGCAGCUUCAGAAACUGAGUUCUUUAAAAACCACGAAGAUUUAUUGAGUGGCCCAACCCAAUUUUUUAGUGGGUCAAAAUUGCCCCUUCCUGAAGAAAAACACAAUGAAGAGGUGUGCUCUGCUCAUGAUACACCCAGUAAAGAACAACCUGAUUCUGAUUCUGACUCUGACACAUUAGAGUUUCCUGAAGUUCCUAGGGCAUCAGUCAGGCCAAAUGCAAAUGUUGCCACAGCUCCAGAAAUGGUUACUCCUCUGACUAUGCUUCCCCUUGAAGUUGAUCUUCAUUCACCAAGCCAUUCUGAAGAUUUUGAAGAUGUAAAGCAGGAGCAAGUUGAAGAUAGAUCAACGGUUCACAAAGAUGAAUCCCAUAAUUCAAUUGGUACAAUGGAGAAUAAACAGUUUGUGCCAUUCAUCUCCCCUCCACCUGUAUCAUCUGGAUCAUUUUCUGCAAGACACAGUGACUCACCUUCCUCAUUGUCAAGCACAAAACCUGAAGCAAAUGUGGACUUGCAGGAUGUGUUGGCUGCUGCCCAAGCAGCUGCUGAAACGGCUGAACGUGCAGCAGCUGCAGCUCGUUCAGCUGCUAGCCUUGCUCAAGUUCGUAUUGAUGAGCUGACUAAGAAGAAAAGUAGUGAAUAUGUACCAGACAGCAGCUCUGAGAAUCCAUUUUAUGCCGGUGGUGAUAAUGAAUCUCCAACAAAUGAAAAGCAUUUCACUGAGAAAAAUUCUUCUGGUAGCUCUGAUGUCCAUAAUAGAAAUGAUGUUGAACAUCCCCAAGAUCAUUAUGCUUCCCCAGGUUCUCAUUCAUCAAGUUUUCCUUCGUUUGACACACUCAAGGAAGAUUUUGAUUCUUCCCUACCCAAUGAUCAUGUGUUGGAUGAAAAAUCCUCUAGUCACCAGCCAAUGAGAUUACCUUCAAUGGAUGAGGAUCCAUAUUUCUCAUACCCCAACUUAUUUACCUUCCAAAGCUCAAAUGUUGGAUCUCAGACACAUUCAGAUAAUGGCCGGUCCACUUAUGAUCUGUAACAUGGGAAUUAUCAUUCAACCACACAUUUCUUUAUAUGCCUCUCAAGUCUCUUCUUUUGAGUGUGUUUUAUACUGCUUCAGUAUCUACUUUAUUUUUGUUUUAUUUUCAAAGAGCAUGCAAUCCUGGCUUUAUUGUCGUGACGGGCACUGCAACUUCGUAGUUGCUUCAGUUCAGAAGCAUUACUGUUUGUGGUCGUGGCUACAAUGAAUGUAGAAAUCUUAUAGUGUUGGAAUAAAAGCAUUCAGCUUCAUUUUUCUUCAUAUUCUUUUGUUUCAAGGACAGCAGAUAUAAGAGUUUGGUCACAGGAGGAUACUAAACAUGCUAUGCAUUCAAACUAUCACUUGUAAUUAUUGUAAUAUUGCUGCAUGUUACAGUGGAGAAUAUAUUUAUUUGUUUUCAAUGAUUUUUUAUGCGGGUAAUGUGUAUCACGUUAGCCGUCUUGU